AUGCCCUGUGCAUCUUCCUCUCCGGUAGGAUUCAACCCAUCUGAAGAAAUAUUUAUCCCCUUAGACCAAGAAGUAUGCUCGGGGUUGUGUGACUCAUGGAAGUGCGCUAUUAUUGGCAAAGUUAUAGGGAAGUCCUUCUCUUUCCAGUUCUUAAAGGAGCAGCUCCAUAAAUUGUUUGUCAACUUGGGUGAAUGGGAUCUAUUUAUGCUGGGAAAAGGUUUUUUCACAGUAAAGUUUGGUAACGGAGAUGAUGUUCGUGUAGUCAUGGAGAAGGGUUCGUGGAGUAUUAUGGGCUUUCCUCUGUUUCUGAAGCUGUGGGAACCAGGGUUUAAACCUUCGGAGGCCGAAAUUGAUACAGCCACCAUAUGGAUUACACUACCAAAACUUCCAUUGGAGCUCUAUGAUACGAAGAUUCUUCAGGCUGUAGGCUCAGCCCUAGGCAGACUCAUUAAAAUUGAUGUGAAGACGAUAGACAAGGAGAGAGUGAAGUUUGCCAGAUUAUUAAUUCAAGUCAAGACUAGCGAACCAAUCCCAAAACUGGUCUGGAUAGGGGCUACCAAACAGGUGAUAAUGGCGCAAGAUCCAACUCAUUUUUGCAAAUUCUACAAGGUGUAUGGUCAUUAUAUUCAAGAUUGCAAGAAGGUCGCCGGAAGAAAAGUGAAAGCAAAUACCGGCGACAAUGGAGAAAGGUCAUCAGAAAACUAG